GCUGUGACAACUUGCAGCGCGGGAGAUUUCUUCCUGGUUGAGUGUUGACACGUUUUCUGCUGCUGACAGAGCUGUCUUGUAUCCCACAGCUUCGAAAAAGUCCGUGAUUCAGCCUUACUCUGGACGAUGGAACAAGAAAACAACAACCAGACGCCAGUUCUUCAGAACGGCAGUGUAAUUACAAAGAGGGAGGACUACCUGGAAUGGCCGGAGUAUUUUAUGGCUGUGGCCUUCCUGUCAGCUCAGAGAAGCAAGGACCCAAGCUCGCAGGUUGGAGCCUGUAUAGUGAACCAGGAGAAUAAGAUUGUUGGUAUCGGUUACAAUGGUAUGCCCAAUGGUUGUAACGAUGACUUAAUGCCAUGGUCCCGAGCAGCUGACAACCGUUUGGACACAAAGUAUCCUUACGUGUGUCACGCAGAGCUGAAUGCCAUUAUGAACAAGAACAGCGCUGAUGUGAAGGGCUGCACUAUGUACGUGGCUCUAUUCCCCUGCAACGAAUGUGCCAAGCUCAUCAUCCAGGCAGGCAUUAAAGAAGUCAUCUAUUUUUCUGAUAAGUACCAUGAAAGCCUAGAGAUGACUGCUUCCAGAAAGUUACUCAACAUGGCAGGCAUAGGAUACACGCAGUUCAAGGCCAGGAGGACUCAGAUUGUCAUUGAUUUUAAUUCCAUUAACCACCCUGGAAUGCUGAGCAGCACGGCCAAGUCAAAAUGAAAACCGCUCACCUUGGGGAGCCGCUGAAUGAGGAAGGGAGGCUGGGGAGGAGAGCAAGAAUGAAGAGAUUGAAAGAGACUUUGAUGCCUCUCUCUCUGUCUUCUUGCCCCCUGCUUUGUCCAAAGGAAAAACUCAAGGAUACCACGACUUUGGCGUCUUUUGAUAUUUUUCAUAAACGGGAAAUUCAAGAAAGUUUAAUUUGAUGCUUCGCCCUCUAUGGCUCAGUGUGGUAAAGGGUCUGCCUUUCUGUUUUCAUCUCUUAGUUUUUCCCACUUUUUUCCUUUUAAAACUCCCUUUAGCCUGUAGAAAUGUACAAGGGCUGUCAAUACACUGACCUAACCGUUAAGAAAAAGUUUUCAUUUGUAAACCUUUUGUUGCAUGGAUCCUCUCAUGGCUCUCCAUACAAGAGAAAACCUACAGUAAAAUCAGAUUCUUGACAAAAUAGUUCCCACACAUUUUUCCAGGUAUGGUAUGGGGGAAAAAUCCCCUCGUUAGAGAGCCUUCUGAGAAUUUGAUAUGUUUCUGUAGGAUUCAGUAUCAUUCAGAAUGACAUGUUUGAACAAAUUUGCCAGAUUAGAGACACUGAUGGAAGAUCAGUGUUUAGAUGUCAUCGUUUUCUGCUGCUGAGUGAUUAAAAAGGCUGGUUGAAUUCCAUGUGAUCUUUUUUUUUUUUUUUUUUUAAAUCUUCGAUUCUUAAUAAAUUAUAAAUAUGGAUCAGAAGUCAAUGUAUAGAUUCUUAUCAGGCGUAUAGGUUAUAGUUUAAAUAACUGAAAGUUUAUAUUCUAAAACUAUUGAUAAACACUUGUAUUGUGAAUCAUUUGAUUGUUUUUGGGUAGUUUUUACACUUGCUGUUGAACCAGAUUUCCUAAUUUCAGUGGGGUUUUUAUAUUUUACGUUAAGUAGUAUGGCUAUUGGAGCAUAAUCUAGCCUUGAAUUCUUUUUAAUGCAAUAGUCCAAAGAGAUUCAUAGUGUCUAUACUUGACAUAGUGGAGUUUCUUUUGUAAUUGCUUAGUGCAGUCAAGAGUGGCAAUAGGCAAUUUAAGCAGUUUACUAUGUACAUGAUUCAAAGCAGUGGAAUCCAAAGAGCCCAUGGUUCGAAAGCAAGACUGGUGAAUACAAAGAGGCAACAGAUGUGCCGUUAAUAACCACUCAGGCUGUAUCCACAUGGAGAUUCUUUUUCAUUUUUUGGUCACUGAAAAUGCUCUCCGAUGUUGUCGCACAUCACAAGAUCUCACCUGCAUGAUCAGUCACACAAGUGAAUCACAUUCGGUUAUUCUUAGCAGCUUGUAUUUAUUUGGUACGUUUUGUCCAUAUAAACCACUCAUCCUUGUUUUUAUCAUUUGACUUCAUAUUCUGGAUAGUUUUGAAUGUUUUUAAGAUGUUUUGAAACCAGAUUUGCUCUUGCAUUUGUAGCUAAUGGAUGUCAACCUAACCGAAGCCUUAACUCCCCAGUGUCUUUGAGCAUGCUCAUGUCAUGAAGAUGUAUGAAUUUUUACAUUCCCCGGUGUAAAAAUAUUUUUGAUAAUGCUACCCUUUGGACAAUGUUAAAAAGGAUAAAAUUGGGUUUUCAAAAAUCCCCUUGUGGACAUAGCCUAAAACUGCUGUUUUUAUUGUAGAGUUCCACCUUGUGGCAAAAAGGCUGCCAGAAGCAUGUUCAUUUGUAUUGGUUUUUGGGGAAAACAUUCCCUCCCAAAGGUUGCCUGCUGACUGUACACUAAAAGUAAGCUUGUGGCUUGUGACUUUACAUACAUUACGCAACUAUGUAAAUUCAUGUUGUCAUUCCUCCAGUUGUGUCAGCUGUUGGUGCAGUGGAAGUCAAUAAAACCUUGGGACUUCAAGAA